AUGUUGAGGCAAUUGAAAAAGAAAACUCAUAGCCAAUAAACUAAUAAAAGUAAGAAUGAUAGAAUUCAAGAACGCCCUAAAAAGAGAAAAAGAGUAGUAGCAGAGGAGGAAAUUGAAAUAUCAAGUUAGUCUGAUGACUACAUUUAAAGAAAGCAAAAUGAAAAACAGACGAAUAAAAGAACUUCAAAAGCGAAUCAGAAAAAGAAUAGUAGGAAGUUGAAACAGAAGUAUAAGGAGUUAAAGUAGAUAUUAAAGUCAGAUUUUAACAUAUAAAUAGAAAUAAAAACAAAUAAUAAGAUCAAAGCAGGUCUAUUAGCAUUAAAUGAUAGGAUAAAUUUUCAACUUUAGCUACAAAUAAAGCAAAACGAAACUGAAUAACAAAAAUUAAGACAAGAGAAUGAAUUGCAAUAGAAAAAGCAAGUUGAAAAAGAGAUAGAACAGACAAAAUUAAAUAAAGAAAAAUCAGAAAGAAAAAUAGACCUGAAACUAGGUCUAAUAACAUCAUUUUGUGUAAACAAAAAAGAAAUACUUAAAUCAUCAUCACCUCAAAAAGAUUCGACCAAAGAUAUCAAUCAAGUUACUGUUAAUAAAAAAGACAAUCAAAAACAGAAAAAAGCGACUGAAAAAGAAGAAAAAGCUAAGUAGAAAGAAGAAGAGGAAAAAAAUUUAGUUGAUUGUAGUCAAUUUUCAAAUGAUCAGUUAAAAGAAUAACUCAAUUUAUAUGGGAUAAAUGUUAAAAGCUCGAUGACAAGGAAAAAGCAAGAAAGAAUAUUUUCAGAGAUGUUUACCUACACUAAACAUGGAUAAUUACCAGCAUAUCUAUGA